UGAAGGCGCAACCAACCACGAUUCCCUUCCUCGCUCGCACGCCCGAUGCCCUGCUCUCUGUGGAGGCGCUCCGUGCAGUCCUCCCUCGCCCUCUGCCACUUCGACUCCAUCCCCAUCUCCCCUGGCCUUCCUCUCCUCCAUCGCCGGCACUGGGCCCUGCCGUGUGAGUCCCUCCUCUCCGACAGCGAGUCCUCGUCCGCCCCCGAAGACUGCUGCUCCCACCACUACCACUACCCGAGAACCACCGAGAGGAUCAGCUACCGACCGUGCAGGCUCGCCGCCUCCCGACGAAGGUACUACUUGUCAAGACAAUGGUUCUGCAGGGCCGAUAUGAUGAAGAGGAUGCGGGCCAACCUCUCGCACCGGGGCUGGAUUCUGGGCUCUCCGAAUUCGCUCGAAGUCGAACUGUGCGAGCGCAAUGUGGUCGCCCUGCUGAACGAUCUGUUCGAGGGCAGCUCCGACGCGGCGCUGGCUUUCUACUUCUUUCGGCUGUCGCAAUGGUACAACGGUUCGAAGCACGGCGUCCGUGCGGUUUCCACUAUGGUGCACAUAGCGGUCACCGGGAAUAUGAACCACAUCGCAGUGAAGCUUCUCCGAAUUAUUGCUAGGAAUGUUGACGAGCACAGCGACGGAGUACAGCAUCAGCUGGUGUUUGGUGUACUGAGAGAAACUUGCACUAAUAGGAGAGUUUUGGAAACUGUAUAUAGCAUGCUCGUUAUGUGUUACGUAGAUAAAGGAAUGGUCAAGAUGGCUAUUAGGUUGGUGGAUGAUAUGAGGAACCUUGGCAUGUACCCGACCAUCCGUGUCUACAAUUCUCUGAUCAAGCUUCUGCUGGAAUCCAAGCAGUACGAAGUUGCAUGGCAAGUAUUUGUGGAAAUGCCUAGUAGCUCGUUUGGCUCUAACCAGUGUAUCGUAAGGAUCGUAAGCUUAUUUAUCCGGGAGCUCGGUGCUCAUGGUGACUUCGACUGUGCUUGUAAAUUGCUCUUUGAGAUUCAGAAAUACGGUGGCCAAGCCGAUGUUGUUGUGUAUACAACGAUGAUAAAUGCCUUGUGCAAAUGGGGGCUCCUCAAAGAGGCAGCUGCUCUAUUAUAUAAAAUGUUGCAGUUGGGCAUCUCUCAUGAUGAUGUUUUGGUUUCUUCAGUUGUCAAUGGCUACUGCAAAGCUGGUAGGUUGGUGGAUGCCGCACAUCUUUUGAACUCUCUAAGCGGCAUUCCUGAUGUUUUCGUGUAUAACAGCUUCAUAUUGAUGUUAUGUAAAAAUGGCAAUAUGGUAGAAGCUUACGAGCUGUUCAAACAGAUGUUUGAGGUGGGGUUGGAUCCUGACUCCUUCAAUUACACAGCUAUUAUUGAUGGUUACUGUAGAGCAUGUGAGCUAGAUCAGGCUUUGAAGACAUUUGCUCUAAUGCUGAAAAGAGGGGUUGAACCAACUUGUAUGACAUAUACAGUGUUGAUAGAAAGUUACUGUGACAGAAAUGAUCUUUGUGGUGCAGAGUACAUGCUUUCUGUGAUGAAAAUGGAGGGUGUGCAACCAGAUGUUGUCACUUAUAAUACAUUGAUCAAUGGUUACAGCAAGAAGGGUCACAUGCAUAGGGCAUAUGAGUUGAAGGAUGUCAUGGAAAAGGAUGGUGUAUCCACAGAUGUGGUGACAUAUAAUAUUCUCAUGCAUGGCCUCAUCAAGAGAGGCUAUGUCAAGGAAUCAAGAGAAGUCUUUAAUGAACUUGUUAGAAGGGGGUUUUCUCCUGACAGAAUCACAUUUACCAAUGUAAUCGACAGUUAUUCUCAAGAUGGAAAUUUGGAAGAAGCAUUUCUCAUAUGGUGUAGCAUGAGCAAUAAUGGAAUAACACCUGAUGUUGUCACUUGUAGUGCUCUCCUUAAUUGUUUCUGCAAAAGACAGCGCAUGCAAGAUGCAAGUGUUUUAUUUCACAAGAUGUUGGAUGCUGGAUUGGAGCCUGACCUAAUAUUGUACAACACUCUCAUAUGCGGAUUCUGUAAAGAAGGGAAUAUUAGUGAAGCUUGCCGUUUUAUGUUCAUGAUGAAUGAAAAUGAUAUUUUUCCUAAUAAUCUUACAUAUGAGGCUCUGGUUUGCUGCUUUGAGAAAAUUGGAGUGAAAAAUGCAGCUGAAAAUGCUGCCAUGAAGAUGCAGGAAAUUUUCUUUGAAAAAUAUAAUGAUUGAUUCUUGAUGAAUUUUAGAUGUGCUUUGAUGUCAUUAUAUUGAUUGGUGGAGCUUUAAAACAAUUGUUUCACCUGCCAUCUUCAAACUACCAUGAGGGUGAAGUUCCUUAGAGAAGCUUUGGUGGACAUGUCUCUAUUCAAGCCAGUAAGGUUGUCAGCCAAACAAAAAGACUAAAACUGCAUGGAGUAUACUUCCAUAGUGUGGUAAAUUCCUCCCUGUGCAAAGAUCGAAGACAUCUUGAUUUGCUACCUCAGUCACGAUUUCCUUCGAUUCUUCGUUGAUCCACUUUCAAUUCAAACGGAGGAGCUUUUACAUUUAGGUACUUCAUUGGAUAGUGAAGACAUUUCACAAUCACAAGAGACUUGCUAAGAACCAAGUAGUUGUAUGUGAUGAAUUGUCAAGGCUGUCCAUGGCCGAGCUUCCACCAAGACACUGAGAAGAUAUGUGAGGAGAAUACUGAGUUCAGGGUUCUGCAGAAUGAUACCUGUGACAGAAUACUCUUCUACAGUGCAUUGUGCUUGAGACUUCUUGGUAGCUUUUAAUGUAGUCAACAGCAGUUCCUGAGAUGGAAGAGCUUGGUUACGAUGGAUACUGCAACAGUAUGGAUUGUUACAGACAUUACCUGCUCAAGGAUGAUCAGAGAAGGGCAGUUUCGAGGGUGAGGGAGCUGUUGAGAAGAAUUGAGGUGGUGAAGUCACACAAAGGAGGAAAAUAAGGCACAGAAGUGCAACUCUGCAACCUACAUUGUGAACAUGGUAUGCUGUACCAUGACUUGAUCUCCCUUGUAAAGACAUAAAUUCAUGUUUGACUUCCUUUACAAUCUUAUUUUUAUGAACCAUUAUAAUGUGUGGACACAUUAAUAUGAAAUGUUUCUUCCAUGCAUCUGUGAACACAAAAAUACUCAGAAUAUGAGAAUCAUUACCAGUUUUUGGGUUCCUAGAUAUUUACGGGGUCUUAUCUGAUUCUUCUGGUUACUAGGGUGAUUUGUGAUGUUACAAGCACCAGCAUGCUUAGCACAGAUAUUUAUUGAGCUUGAACAGUAGCUUCAUUUCUUGAACAAAAAGUCAACCAAUUCCAGCAUGGAAGAAAUGAAUCAUGCCAUAUGCCUUCCCUUUUUGUACCACAAGGAGAAAUGAUGACUGCUGAUGGAGUUCCAAAGGUCAAGGAAGCUUGUGAUGACAUGGCAGAGUGAAAGAUCAAGUUUGGCUUAUCGAACUAGUUAGUGCUUCAAACAGAAUCCACAUUUUAUUAGCAGUAUUUGGACAUUGGAGAAUAAAUUUUUACAGAACCCAAAUCUGAUGAAUUGAGAACUAGAAUUACGUAUUCAAAAGCUGAGUUAACAAAUAAGGUGAUGCAAUUAUUGCGGCUCCCAAAUUGAAAAUUGGAGAUCAAGAUGUGGUUUCAUGUUUCGUCAUAAGGGAGCAGAAGAUGCGAGAGUCACCUGCCAGAAAAGAAGAGGACAACAUUGGCAUUCAGGUGGAGGGAUUGAUCAAAAGACAAUAUAUAUUUGAGAGACAUGAUUAUAUGAUAAACUAAAACAAUAGUGACUAAAAGCAUGAAAAGAUCUUAUCAUCUGCAGAAGAUGCAAGAGUCACCUGCCAGAAAAGAAGAGGACAACAUUGGCAUUCAGGUGGAGGGAUUGAUCAAAAGACAAUAUAUAUUUGAGAGACAUGAUUAUAUGAUAAACAAAAACAAUAGUGACUAAAAGCAUGAAAAGAUCUUAUGACAGUUAAUGUACCUCAUGCAUGGAUCACCUCCAUAUACAUUGUUGAGAAUGUAGCUUUCCAUCCGGCAGAAGAUCUGAAAUAGUCUUUGCAAGCUGUGCUGCUCCAUGUCGAGGAAUUAGAACAUCAGGAUUACACCAAACAGCACAUGGGUCCCCAUGGCUUCGACCUAAACACCAACCUCCAGGAACUAUCCUACCAGGACCCAGGCUCAAGUUUCCUUAUCAAAUGUGGUCAAGAACAGGAUCAUUCUUAGAGAACCUAGUACCAAAUGCUGCACCACUUAAAGUAAUGUUUUUAAGGUUAUCAGCAGAUGGGUUCCAUCUUUGGAGGUGCACCCCAUAUCAUACAGUGUAGGUGAUGAUUGACAAUAGUCCUAUUGAAUGCAGGCGAGUUACCAAGGACAGUUUGGAAAUAGUUUGUGUAUGAUGACAGUGUAUUUGCAUAGUCCAUCAUAAAAGUUCUUGGCAAAUUGUUGGUACCCAAUAUGCAGUACCCUGUAAAUUUCCAGCUGAGGAUAACAGAAGCAGAACCUGCACCAGAAUGCAUAAUCCAUCUGGGUUUAUAUUAUUCCCUCUUGUUUUUCAUUCUUUUGACCUGGUGGUAUCAUCUAUUGGAAUACUGUCAAUCAGGGGUACACGUGAUCCUGGACUUAUUGACCCUAUUGAGGAUCCAAUGGCUAUCCUUAAAAAAGGCUAUUCUGUCUUGAUUAUUUUGGCUGUUUUGACAUUUGGUGUGUCUACUUCAUGGCUCCUUUACACCGAACAGACACCUUCUGCAUAGCUAAACUUUGCCUCGUGGAUUGGUAGGAACAGUUACCGCAUAUGCUUUUGUUUGGAUCACAAAAUAUUACACUAAUUCCAAGCAUGAGGCUGUUCGUGUGUUAGCACAUUCUAGUGCUAUGGGUCAUGGAACUAAUAUAAUUGCCAGUGUUAGCUUGGACUAGAAUCAACAGCUCUUCCUGUUCUGGUGAUAAGCAUAGCUAUUAUCACAGCAUUUUGGCUGGGACAUACAUCAGGUUUAGUAGAUGAAACUGGAAAUCCAACUGGUGGUUUAUUUGGCAUAGCUGUAGGAACAAUGGGAAUGCUUAGCACUGAUUGAUAUGUUCUCACCAUGGAUAUGUUUGGUCCUGUAGCUGAUAAUGCUGGUGGUGGAAUUAUGGAGAUGAGUCAGCAGUAACUUUUUUUCUUGCAGCCUGAAAGUGUUUGGGAGAUCACAGAUGUUUUAGAUGCUGUACGCAACACUACCAAAGCUAUUACUAAAGGAUUUGCUAUUGGUUCUGCCGCACUUGCCACCUUCCUUCUUUCCAGUGCAAUCAUAUCCCUUUUAAACAGGUACUAAUAUUUAUGUUCUUUAGUUUGCAUAACCUUUAUAAACAUCCUUGCUGGUGGAUUUGUAGUUUGACAUUACAAUUCCAGAGGUUUUUAUAGGAGGCUUGUUAGGUUAUAUGCUUAUAUUUGUAUUUAGUGCCUUUGCCUGCUCUGCUGUUGGAAGAACUGCACAAGAGGUUAAUAAUGAAGUUCGUAGACAAUUUAUUGAGAGGCCUGGUAUAAUGGUGAGUAGCCCAACAUCUCAUGUCAGGUAAAAUUUGACGAUAUAAAGAGUCAGGAUAUUGAUAUAGCAUGCAUAUCCGGGACUCCAGAGAAAGCCAGACUACAUUUGCCAUUGUGGCAUCUGCAUCAUUACAAGAAAUGAUAAAACCUGGUGCUUGGGCAACUAUAUCUCCAGUGGUAAUUGGUGAGUCUUAGGUUGUAAAAGUAGGCAGCAUCUCAGUUGGUUCGUGCAUACAUUAUCGUUUAUUAAAGCAGAAAGUUUCGCCUGCUAUUUCAUGAUUUGAGGUUGGUCUUUUAUUCGGUUGGCAGGACUUUUCUUCAGGUUAUUGGGCCACUAUACGGGUCAGCAGCUUCUUGGAGCCAAAGUUGUGGCUUUGAUGCUUAUGUUUGCAACAGUUGUUGGUAUUCUUUUGGCUCUGUUUCUAAAUACUGCUGGCAGUGCUUGGGAUAAUUCAAAGAAAUAUAUAGAGACUGGUGCACUUGGGAGGCAAAGCCAAAGUUCACGAAGCUAAAGUUCUUUUUCUUGCCUUUCUUUUUCAGUUUUUAUUUUGUAUUUUUUGCAGGCAACAUGUAUAUAACUGAGUUUUCAAUUUGUAACUAAAAACUGUAUAUCUUUUUCCAAGGUUAUAAUUGUUGUAGAUGUUUUCGGAGACAGAUCUUUGUUUAAACUUAUAAAGACAAAUAAAGAACAGAAAAUCAAGAUAAAAAAGCUGAAAUUAUAAACAAAGAAAACCUGAAAUCACUAAAUUUCAUUCCUAGGAUUUUAUCAAUUUUUGGUCACUUGGUUAUACUUUCCAGUUAGCAGAGGUCUAACGGUGCUAUUGAAUUAAUGUAUAUAUGGGAGUAUAAUUACUGGGAGAUCUGAUUCUUAGCGGUUUAUGGAAGAGUACCGUGCAUUUGUCCCUAGAUGCUGAAAUCUAUAUUAGGUGCAAGAAAUAUUAAGCAUAUUUCUUAUUUAAAAAUAAGUCUUCAGGUCUGUAGGAAUCAUUUUUGGCAAGUUAUGCUAUAUAGUGUUUUCAGAUCUUUGAAAAAUCAAGUGCUUUCAAUUAUGCUGUUUGAAGUGCUGAACUAAGUUUCUUAUAUUUACAGAGUUGGAGAUCCAUUCAAAGAUACUUAUGGUCCUUCAAUACAUGUUCCCAUCAAGAUGCUUGCCACAAUCACUUUGGUCAUGGCACCCCAUCUUAUCUAGUGAUAUCCCACCUUUAUUUGUUCAAAUAUACAAAAACCCUCAAUGCAUUCUUUGAAAUGUGGGUAGUUACUGGAUUGAAAAAAUAGUUGUUAUUUUUCCUGAUAUAGAGCAAGAUUGUGAGAUACACUGCUUACAUUCUUUACUAAUACAUGGAUUAAUCAUACAUACAUGCCUUUUAAGGUCAAGGGUUUCAGAUUUAGGUAAGAUACAGAUCUAUUUUAUUUUUUGCAGUGCAUGACUGGAUGUAUUUAAUUGAUCCGUAAUCACUGCUCUCAUUAUUGGAACAAAUUUGUGAUGGGUGCUGUUUUCUUAUUUUCAUGAUGAGAAAGGAUUUAAAGGUGACUUGCUUGAUAGUUACUCAUCAUCCUGAAAUUACAUGAGGUUUUGUCCGGCAGGUAUGCUGAAAUUUGCUGGCAAAGUAGCUGGGGCCUAAAUCUGCUUUUUCUCAGUCGAUUGAGUGGAUGAUGUUUUGAUGCAUCAGUUUUCCUGCAAUUGCUGCACCUACCGGGAACAUUGUAGCAGCGUGUAAUCCCAGGUAGCUUGUUUGAGCGUCUGUGUUUUGUGCAGCCUGCAUGGUAAAUCUGAUCCUACGUUUUGUAAGAUCGACAAUGGGACUAACUGAAGCAAAUGCUUGCUAUACAAAAGGGAUGAGGCAUACUAAUCUGCUCUGAUUUCACUAACCAGCCUACUUAUUCAUUAGUGAUGAUUCAAGCAAAUUUCUAAAGAAAUCAUUAAGGAGUUGUAAUAGUGGGGUGAGAGACAUUGUUACCAGAGCUUUGACGAUGAUACUGGGUAUGCUUCAAUUGUUAUUCCCAUAUUUAAUAUGAAGUAAUAUAAGAAAUUUUUAUA